UUCUCUGGUUCCUCUCGUUCCUCAGCCGCGGUGAAUCGGAUAACGGUUCACCUUGAAGGCAUGAAUAUGCGUUUAUAUGCAAGUGUGGCCAUAGUUUUUUUGAUCGGAGAUGUCGCCAUACCUUCCUCGCGUUUUGGAAUUUCCACCCCCCCCCCACAGUUCAACGACUCUUGCGGAACACCUCGUGACAUGUAUGAACUAUCUGAAGAAUUAUCUGAUAGUUGAAAAGUUACCCGAUGGUGAAAAGUGUGGCUGAUCGGAUUUGCAUCAAUUUUAUAUUGUCUAAUAGAUUAUGUUCCUUACGAAUCUGUACCCAUGACGGAUACUGGGGUUUUCCAGAGUCAUAUUUAAACUCUUAUCUCUCCCUUGAGCCUACAGCUUUCUCGUCUGUAUCCCAACCCUACUUUGAUUUACACUAGAGAGACUCUACACUUCAACAUGACCAUUGCUGAAAAGAAACCAAACUUCCUUGUUAUCGUCGCAGAUGACUUGGGAUUUACCGACUUAAGCGCCUUUGGCGGUGAGAUCGACACCCCAAACUUGAAGAAGCUUGCCGAAAGCGGUGCUCGUUUCACUGAUUUUCACACCGCAUCUGCGUGUUCCCCAACCAGGUCCAUGUUGCUCAGUGGUACGGAUAACCACAUUGCCGGGUUAGGCCAGAUGGCGGAAUUUGGAAAAAACUUCCCAGAGUUGUUCGCUGGAAAGCCAGGCUACGAAGGUGUUUUAAAUAGCCGUGUUGCAGCCUUGCCAGAAAUUUUGCAGGACGCUGGCUACUAUACCUUUAUUUCCGGUAAGUGGCAUUUGGGUUUAACCCCUGAAAAUUGGCCAAUCAAAAGAGGUUUUGAAAAGUCGUUCACCUUGUUGCCGGGUGCCGGGAACCACUACAAAUAUGUCUACGAGGGUGACUCUGGUUUCAUGCCUCCUCUUUACGCUGAAGACGACAAAAGCAUCGAACUCAGCUCUUUGCCUGACGAUUUCUACUCCACCAACUAUUUCACUGACAGAGGGAUUGAGUUUAUUGAUAAUGAGCAGAGACAGGGAAGGCCUUUCCUCGGUUGUUUGACCUACACCGCUCCUCAUUGGCCAUAUCAGGCACCAGUUGAGAAGGUUGCAAAGUACAAGGGGGUCUACGACAAUGGUCCGGGGCACUUACGUGCCCGUCGUCUUGCUGCUGCCGUCAAGGCCGGCAUUAUUCCUCCAGGAGUUGAACCUCACAAGGUUGAAACUCAAAGAGAUAAAACCUGGGCUGAUUUGACCGACGAUGAAAAGAAGAUCGAAAGUCGUAUCAUGGAAACCUACGCGGCCAUGGUGGAUAUUUUGGAUGAAAACGUCGGUAGAGUCAUCAGCCAUUUGGAAUCUACCGGCGAAUUGGACAACACCUUCAUUUUGUUCAUGUCCGACAACGGGGCUGAGGGCUUCAUGAUGGAGGCUUUACCUUUGCAGCUUACCCGUAUUACUGAUGUUAUUGAAAGAAGGUAUGAUAAUUCUUACGAAAACAUCGGACGCUACAACUCUUUCGCUUGGUAUUCCGACCAAUGGGCGCAGGCCGCUACCGCGCCAUCGUACAUGUACAAGAUGUGGGCCUCAGAGGGCGGUAUCAGAUGUCCUUUGAUCAUUCACUAUCCACCAAUUUUCAAUAAAACCAUCCAUGGCGGUGCCGAACCUCGUGGUCAGGGUAAGGUCUCUGGUGGCUUUACUACCGUGAUGGAUAUUACCCCUACCAUUUUAGAUCUUGCCGGCGUUCCUCACCCGGGGGAGAACUUCAGAGGUCGCAAGGUGGUCAUCCCUAGAGGUAAAACCUGGGUGCUGUACUUGGCCGGAGAAGCUGAGCGUGUUCACUCGGAAGAAACCGUCACCGGCUGGGAAUUGUUUGGCCAACAGGCGAUCAGAAAGGGGCCCUUGAAGGCGUUGUUCAUUCCUAAGCCUUUCGGCCCAGGUAAGUGGCAAUUGUUUAAUCUAAAGAAGGAUCCAGGUGAAAUUCAUGAUUUAGCCGAUACUGAGAAGGAAAAGUUGGAUGCUAUGUUAGUGCACUGGGCGGAAUAUGUCGCCGAAACUGGAUUGAUCGAAAUUGGUGAUGAAAUUGACGUGCAAAGAGCUCUUUACAAUGCAACUGAGAUUGACGAGUUGUAGGCGAGUCCUUCGACCCUUAUUUUUUUCCCCCAGAAUCAUUACUUAUAUAUAUUAUCUUAGAUUUAGCAUGAUAGAUAUAGUUUGAUCAAUCGUUAAUC